AUCGACAGGCCUUUGAUGUUGCGCAUGCUAAUGCUGCUACUAGCCCCGGGAGCUGCUGGAGCUUCGGGUGCAACGGAUACUCAUACGCCAUUUAACCGCAGCUACUUUCCUCAUGGUUUUAUUUUUGGUGCCGGGUCAGCUGCUUACCAGAUCGAAGGAGCAGCUCUUGAAGAUGGAAAAGGACCAAAUUUCUGGGACAUCUUCGUUAGAAAAUAUCCAGAAAAUAUUAUUGAUGGGAGUACAGGAGAUGUAGCAAUUGAUUUUUAUCAUCGUUACAAGGAGGAUAUAAUGCUAAUGAAAAAAAUUGGUUUGGAUUCCUUCAGAUUCUCCAUUUCAUGGUCUAGAAUUUUACCCAAGGGAAAACUUAGUGGUGGAGUGAACCCACUGGGGGUCCAAUUUUACAACAAUCUCAUCGACCACCUCCUUGCCAAUGCUUUAGUUCCCUUUGUGUCUUUACUCCAUUUUGAUCAUCCCCAAGCUCUUGAAGAUGAAUAUGGUGGAUUUUCAAGUCCCAAAGUUGUAGAUGACUUUGUUGAUUAUGCUGAUUUUUGCUUCAAAACUUUUGGGGAUCGAGUCAAGCACUGGGUGACUAUGAACGAACCAAAUGGGUGGAGCAUGGGCAUUGUCACUUCAGUAAACCAGUCUUAUAUCUUAUCCCAUCACUUCCUUCUUUCCCAUGCAGCUGCUGUUAAACUCUACAGAGAGAAGUGGCAGGAAUCUCAGAAGGGAGAAAUUGGGAUUACCUUAGUAACCUUCUGGUACGUACCAAAAUAUGAUACAACUGAAGACCGCGAGGCAGCUUUCAGGGCACUGGAUUUUACUUUUGGAUGGUUUUUGGAUCCGAUAAUAUACGGUGAGUAUCCAAAGAGCAUGCAAUCAUUGGUAGGAAGCAGAUUGCCCAAAUUCACUAGAGCACAGUCCAAGAUGUUAAAAGGGUCCAUUGAUUUUCUUGGUGCAAAUUAUUACACUUCAAACUAUGCACAAAAUGCUCCUCCAUCAAACACUUCAACCUUAUUCAGUGAUGCCAGGGGCAAAUAUCACAACCGAGAAGAAUGGAGUUCCAAUCGGCACACCAACUGAUGUGAGCUGGCUUUUCAUUUAUCCAAAGGGAUUGAGAGAUCUCAUGUUAUACAUAAAGAACAAAUACAACAAUCCACCCGUUUACAUUACGGAGAACGGGGUGGCUGAAGCAAAUAAUGCUUCAUUGACAAUAGAAGAAGCCCUUAAAGAUAGCACUAGGAUUAGAUACCUUGACGACCACUUAAGGUCCCUUUUGAAAGCAAUCCGGGAGGGCGUUAACAUAAAGGGUUACUAUAUGUGGGCGCGUUUUCGGAUGACUUCGAGUGGACUUCGGGAUACACUCUUCGAUUCGGGUUCACGUACAUUGAUUACAAGAACAACUUGAGAAGAUACCUUAAGCAUUCGGCUUACUGGUUCAAGAAGUUCCUCCUU